GGGGUUCGACGAUUUCGAUUUCCAGGAACACCAAAACGUCGGAUCGCCUACGAUGUCCGCUACGCUCUCGGAGGACGAGAUCGAUGAUCUGCUGUACUUUGCGCGCACGGGCGACAAGCAGGAGUUCGAUGUGCUGAAGGACGAGCUGUGCAGGAGGGAGAAGGUAGAUGUGGUGGGGUUGCUCGAGGUCGCGAAGGAUGAGGGGAGUGGGAAUGGGGUCUUGCAUAUGGCGGCUGCAAAUGGACAUGCAGAAUUCUUGAGCGCCAUUUGCAAGGAACUCGCCAUUCCCUCGCCCCAGAACCCGGCCAUGUUAGCGAUCAUAAACGCGCAGAAUCUUGCGGGCAACACGGCAUUGCAUUGGGCUGCUUUGAACGGACACUUGGAUUCCGUGAAAGUGUUGCUAGAGCAAGGAGGGGACCCCACGAUCACGAACCAGAGAGGCCACGAUGCCGUGUACGAGGCGGAGCUGAAUGACAAGCAGGAGGUUGUGGACUGGGUAUUGAAGGAGGGAGGCGAAGGUCUGGAGGAGGUUGUCAGCGGUGAGACUGCAGAUGCUGCUGAAGAGGAUAAUGCGGAUGCGGAUACGGCGAUAGAUGAGGACGGCGGCAGGACGGACGAGAAUUCGAAUAAAUUGGAACAUGAUCUGAAGGAUAUGCAUAUCCAGGAUAACGCUACCAGCCAUUGAGCUCUAUGCUCGGUCAUGCACUACCUACGGGGCUCGAUCAACGGGCCUCCUUAACACGCAAGUGACCCAACCGUCACUACACCAUAUCUUCUGGCCCCACACUGACGACGACCGCCUUUGGCUCCAGACGUAUAACUAGGAGGAUAGAUGCGCUGGACCUACCAUGUAUCGAGGAAGUCUUGGCUUCUUAAAAGCGGUACAUAUCAGGAAGAUGAUAGUCUGGUAUCCUCACGAAAGGAAGCAUUCGAGAUGCACAUCGAUUAUCGAUACCAUCAGUUUCCAGACCUAUAGUUUGUCAGAAAAAAAAAAAGAAUAAAUAAAAAUCCUCAUUUCG